ACAGGAGUAACACGUUGAAGGGGGCCGUUCCCAUGUUAAUCAGCAUUUAAAGUCCGUGGAGCAGAGUGCCAUUUAUCCCAGAAAGCUGCGGAAAACACACCGAUCACCGCUGCUGUUGGUACACGAGAAAGAUGUUCUGCAGACGGGCUUGGCAGAGAGUGGGGCCCCUGGCACGGUGCGCCCUCAAACCAACCACCUGUACCACUCCAGUGCGACACAUGGCCAUUGGGAUUCCUGGUGGAUCCACUAACCUGGCGUACUUCGUCCUGUGUGGAGGAGGCCUCACUGCUGCUGCUGUCUAUGCGUACAAGGCAGUGAAUGGAGAGGAGAAUGCAGCACCAGCAAAAGCUCCAGAGGUGGCCCCAGAAGUCACCCCCCCGGCUGCUGAACCUGCCCCAGUGGCCGAGGCAGCACCUGAACCUGCCCCUGCCGAACCCGCUGUGCCUGAGCCCGCUCCCGCUGAACCUGCCGCACCUGAGCCCGUACCAGCAGAACCCGCUGCAACUGAACCAGCACCAGAAGCCGCCCCAACAGAACCUGCACCAGAGCCUGUGGCAGAGGCAGCAGAAGUAGAAGCAGUGGCAGUAGCAGUGGCCGAACCAGUGGCUGAGACAGCAGCGGAACCGGUUGUUGAGGCAAUCGCUGAAACUGUUCCUGUUCCCGAGGUUGUUGCCGAGGUGACAGCUGAGAUUGUUGCCCCAGCGACAGAGGAGCCGGCUCCAGUUGCUGCAGAGGUGGUGGCAGAGCCAGCAGCAGCAGUGGUCGAGGAGGCUGCUCCAGUUGAGGUCGCUGUGGAGACCCCAGCCCUCGAGAGUGCUGCUGUUGAUACAGCCCCGGUAGAAGAAGCCCCUGCCCCUGACGCUGCCCCAGCUGCAGAUGUGGCUGCAUAGAACUGAAAUGGCUUGAAUGUUCUCCCAGUAGUGGAGGAAAAAGUUAGUUAUCUGAAGUUUUGAGAGCAGGACCACACCUCAAACCCAUCUCUUACUGCUGUCAUAUGCUUAUAAAUAGCUUCUGGUCUUGUCAGUUCAUUUUUGUGCUUCGGGUGUUUUAACCCCAAUUUCCUUAAUGUACCAUAGAGGUGGAGAGGUGUGGUCCUUACCUAAAAAGCCAAGAAAAUGCACUUCGAACCACUGAAAUUUCCCAAAUAUUGGACAAAUAAAGGCUCUAUUAAUAAUCCUAACACUAAUAGGAAAACAAUAGACAAAAUAAAUAGUAUGGCCAACAACUGUCAAAACACCAAGUGGUUCAUGAGUCCAUAUGUCUUUAACGUUCCUUCUUUCCUUGAAAAUCAUUGCAUUGGCAUUAAUAAGUGAUUUCAUGAAUCGAAUAUUAUUGUUAUUUCUGGUUUCUUGUACAGUUAAAGAAUUGUGAAAAUUUAAGGGAAAGAGAGAGCUGUGUGGAGGACUCUGUAAUGUUUAAAAUGUGUUUAAGUGCCCUUGAACAAAAUCCAUCAGACAGUUUAGAAUAAUUCAACAUAGGAAUGAGUGGUGUGCAAGUGUGUUCAAUUGACUUCACUGUUUUGUUUUGAUUAUAAGGGGUCAAUAUUGUCAGUUGUUGAACCUGUUGUUAACAUGACACAAAAUCAGUUGUUUUCAGUCUUCCAGCUUGAGACACUAUUCACAUUUAUUUUCACUCUACACUGCUGUUUGACCAGUGUUCCUUUCCAGUUACACUUUAUUACAAUGGAAUCACAUGAAUGUCUGGGCAUCUCAGUCUGUCAUGAUGAUGAAUAAUAUUAAUGCUUUAAAUAACAAUAAAAUUACUGGAUGAUAAA